AUGGACAAGAAGAAGAAAAUUUAUGUUUUCAUCGCCAUUUUGCUUUGUGCUGGAAUUGCUACUUGGCCUCUUAUCCUUGUUUUUCGGAAAAUCAAUGCCCCUAAAGACGACUGUAAAGAUUCACCAGAUGAAGGAGAAGAAGGAUACGAGGAGCCCCACUUCAGGCCAAUGCCAUUAAGUGAUAGUCAAGCGAAGCUUUUUGAUGACUAUUACAAGAAUUUGACUGAAUCGGUGGAAAUUGAGGCUUUUAUCGACGGAAAAUCCUGGCCAGCAUUGAUUUCUACCUCUCGAUUAUUACUCUUUCACAGGUUGCAAAGCCCAGUCACAGAGUUCGUUCGUAUCGCAACUUACAAAUACUGGAUCUACGCAGAGUACACAUCAGAGUUUGAGUUUAUUGAAAUCAACGAAGACAUUCGGAAAUCAAUUCAACCCGAUCUCGACAAAGCAAAACUAACAAAAGAUCAUAUUUUUCUCUGUAGAGAGUGCAAUCAAGAGGUCUAUGAUGAAAACUUGCCAACUGACUCAGUUACAGACUGCUUGAAAAAUAGUGCCAUUGGUACUCCGGAAGGAAAAGAAGUUGAAUAUAUCUGUGCUGAUAACGUUUUCGACGGCGGCAAAGUCGUAAUUCAUAUUGAAAAGAAGGUGAAAUGCGAUUUGUUAAAGUGGAAACGAACUGCAAAAAGAACAUCCUUUAGUCCUCUGAUUCUCACUGCUUAUCUUGCAGAUGAGUACAGCGAAGAAAUUGGCAUUCCAUGGUGCGAAAACAAUCCCAACCGCCUCCUCGGUGUAUAUUAUUACUUGAACAAGCUUCAUCUUGGUCGAAAAUUCGGAAUGAACGACAAGGAGCUAUACGAUGAAUGCUACGGUCUCUGUCGAGUAAGCUACUUGCAAUGCAAGGCCGAUUGCGAGACGGCUUCUUGUGAUUCGGGCUGCGUUUUAGAAUUCGGAGAAUGCACCGCUCUCUGCCCCUGCGGUGAGUACUGUCAAAGCGGAUGCACUGAAUGUGCAAAUGAAAUUUGUCUCGGCGAAUGCAGGAGAGCGGAAAGUGAAAAUCAAGAAUACAUGAGUUGCCGAGAGAAUGCCCUUGAAAAUCAAGCACAGUGUGUUCGAAAUUGUCCACCAGACUCUUAUUGCUUCGGAGAAUGCAAUAUCCUCUUCUCAAACGAAAUAAAUGAGUGUCCUUGUGUGGAGUUUCAAAGAAAAAUAGACGGGCAUACUCUUACCGGAGUGAAAAAUGGAGUGUUGAUGAUGGUUGGUGGCUUCGACAAUGAAGAAAGACAAUACAGCCGGGAGAUCUGGCGUCUGAAAAAUGAAAUUUGGAGAAUGGUUGGGUCCCUUAACGAGUUCUGCUACUUCGGCUCGGCAUUGAACAUCGACGGCUUCAUCUUUAUCAUCUCCGGUUAUAAAUCGGCUUCCAAUGGCGUGUACCCAGUGGAAAGAAUUACAACAACCAGCGACGAAAUAAUCGAUGUACAAGUAAUCGGCGAACACGAUUUUUUUGCCAAAACACCUGUCAUUUUUCAAGCUCUUCCUGACUUCUGCGUCUAA